CAGCUUUCUUAUCUUUAUUAUGCGUCUAUAAUGACAACUGAUGCACUGGCUGAGAUUUACUCAAGGUUCUGCAAAAUUAUUGACCAAGAAUCACAUGCAUGGUAUGAUGAAGAUAAGUCAACAAUCACGCAGGGAGUGAUCUGUCGACACAUAUGCAAUGGUCAGAGCUACUGUUAGAAGCAAUUGAUAGAGGCCAGGGGAAUUCAGUUAGGAGGUUAGCAAAAAGAUUGCUUGAGUCAUUCGAUCAUGAAGUUUGGAAAAAAUAUAAAAAUUCAUGCAAGAUUUCCUUCAUCUUGGAUCUUGUGAAUGAACUAUUUGAGGAAGAGAAGGCUGAGAAAAAAAAGGAUCUGGGUAUGAGGAAAAACAAGAACCUGAAGAUACUUAUCUUCUCACAAUUCAUUUCUAUGCUCGAUAGAAUAGAGAUAGCACUUAAAGCUAUAGGAAAAGAAGGUGAUACUAUUCGAAUUGAUGGAUCCAUGGAGAGGACAGAAAGAGAUCAAAAGAUUAAGAAAUUUAGUUCUCAAGUUGAAGAUGCUCCUAAAAUUUUUUUGCUCAGUGCAAGAGUGGGUGGUGAAGGCCUGAACCUGACUGCAGCAACCAGGGUUAUCAUCGUUGAUCCGUCAUGGAACAUAAGUGAUGACAAUCAGAUAGCUGACAGGGUCUUUAGAAUUGGCCAAAAAGAGGAUGUUACCGUAUACAGGCUUGUGACCUGCAUGACAAUUGAAGAAGACAUAUAUAAAACUCAGAUACUAAAAGGUAAUUUGGCCAGAGCAAUAUUGGAAGGAAAGGUUUGUUCACCUUUAGUUGAACUCGAGGACCGGAAAUUUAUUAGACUUCCAGAGUGUGGUUUUAAUUCUUCAAAAACACAGCAGCUGCUGGAAACUCUGAUGGGAGAUAUACUUGAAAUGAGAAGUAGACACCAAAGGUUUUUGCAGAAACAUCAUCUUGUUGCCGGAUUGACAAACCAGGAAGUUAUUUCUUCCCAUGAGGAAAUAUCACUUAUUGAUUUACCCCUGGGUGAAAGUAGUGAUGAGGAGGCCAGUUCCUCAGAGGAAAGACAUGCUACAAAGGCUAGCAAAGGUGCUAAAAGCUAUAAACAGUAACGACAAAAUGUACGUUCCUUGAAUGAGAAACCCAAAAGCUGUCAUCAUUCCAAGAAGCCAGAUGAUGCAUCAUUAGAACAUGAAGAAGAUUCACUUACCACUACUUCUCGGAGAAUUUAUAUUCCUGCAAAUAAGGUCGGUGCGCUUAUUGGCACGGGUGGAAAUACAAUCGAAAGGAUUAAAAUAAGAUCCUCUGCAAUUAUUAGAAUAAAUCCAGAUGGGCACUGGAGAGGUAAAUUUCCUGACCCCUGCCCGGUUGAAAUCCGGGGUACACUCAGGGAGAUAACUACGGCUGUGCAACUCAUCACGGAAGCCGUUUCCAAGGAAAAUGAAACAUAUAUUGAAGGUGCAACAGAUGGUGGUGUAGAAAUUCAUUUUUCUGUCCCACAGCACAUGAUCGGGCUGAUCAUUGGGAGCGGUGGCCGAAGAGUGCAAAGCAUAGAACAUGAGUCUGGUGCUCGUAUUAGUCAUAUAAAGCAUGAAAGUAAAUUCAGGAUCCGUGGUACCUUAGAAGAAGUAAACAAUGCUAAAGGAAUUAUGUCAGACAUCAUUAACAAGCAUGCUGGCUCUUCGUCCUAUGGAGGUGAAGGUAAACGGAUUCUGAAACAAGAUCACAAGGCUCAGGUUUCAGGCGAGUCAACACAUGACAGGCCUCCUGGAAGUUUCUACACAACCAGGGCUACAGGAUUGAGUUCUGGGCGUGGCAGUGGCCACAUGUACAGAUCUGCCAUGCACCACACACUGCGGCCACCACAGGGAAUGCCUUCUCCACGUGCGAGGUCCGAGUACUAUGGUGAAAGGGGCACUGGGAUUGCAUUCAGCCCUCCUGGAAACUUUGAGCAUCAGUUGGAGGGGCAAAAUUAUCAUCCAAGGAUAGGGCCAGAAGACUGCAGAGAUCAGAUUCAGGAUACAGUGCUGUGGCCGGGGGAGGAACCUCCAACCAAGGGUUAGGGGCACACCACUAAGGCACCAACAGAGGCAGCUGCGUUCUGCCACCAAGUUGAGUGUGCAAACGCAGAAGAUGGCAACAUGGUCCAGAUGGGGGCUCAGGAAGGGAAUCAAGGUGCCCAGGAAGUUGUCCUUGGGCUGCAGGCUCCUAUUCAAGAGGGAGUAGGUCUUGGUCAGAAUGUGGCCCAAGAGGGUCAUAUGUUUGUUAAUCUCAAUAUAAACAUGGUCCUCACUCAAGAUCAGCAGGUGAACUUCUCCCACCUGCCCAAGAAUAUCACGGGCAGCAUGUCAUCGCUCUUACCAGACUGUCUCUCCACUCCCAAGGACUUUAACAUGGAAAAGCAAAGGCCUGGGCAGAACCCCAAUGUUUAUAGACUUUGGGCCCAACACUUCUCUCCUGUUGGAUGUCCUGAGCAGGUGACCCAGAUACCUUCUGAUUGGGCUGCUUUCUUUAUCAAUAUGCUCAUGUCUCCAGAACAUUUUGAUUGGGCUAAGCAGUUUCUGGCCUCCAAGACCUGGGAAUUUCUGCUCUCGUGCUCCAACCAGACAGCUUUGAUGGCUUUUGCUAUUCCUCAGAAAUGCCCAAGUUCUACUCCCUUCAUCUGCUCGCUCUCUCAGGAAGAGGUGGGAACUUCGACCCCUGAACUCUGUAAGGCAGCUAAACCUGAUUUGAAGGAAGCAAGGUCACCUAAAAAAGCCAGAGCUCGUUUGAGCAUCAAAGCGGCACCAGAAUGUGAAUCCUCGGUCAGAAGGAGUGACCGCAUCAAAGCUAAGAGCAAAGGUUUUCGCAGAUCUUCUUGUCAGGACAACACAUGCUUAGCUUGCACUGCUUGCCCACCUACAAUCAGCGCUGAUGUCAUCCAGAGCUUAGGUACAAAGGUGUGUGCGCUCGACAGAACUAAGAUUGGCCCGGGAAAGCUGUCCUUCAACUCCGGAUCUCAGAAGCCCAUAGGGAGGACGACGACCACAAGAUUUUCUGAAGCUUACAGCAAGGGGAAGGAGGUCCUGUCAGAAGCUUCGUCCAACAGCUCCAACGGAGUCUAAGGAGAUCUGAGGCCGCUAUCAUGUCUUUUGUCUUAUGUUGGCUUAUGUGGUUAACUCUUUGGACCUGCUUAUCUAGUGACUCUGUGAUGAACUCUUUUAUGUCGUCCCAUAAAACUUGUAUGGCCAUUCCUCUUUGUGGUCGGUUAUCUUUUCUGGAAGUUGCUGGGUUUUAUGUGCCUCAGUCGUUUGUUCAUCAGCUGUGCCUUUUACCCCCCUUUUGUUUCUUGCCUCUUAUGUUUCAUGAAGAUAGGCAUAAAGAUUCAGUUAGCUCCCCCCCUGAUUUAAAUGAAUACUAGAAGAUCA